AUGAGUAGACGUGCUGCUAGGUAUCAGGCCAAAAAAAUAGCUGAAGAAUCAGUAAUUGAAGAAAAUAAUAACGACCUGCUUGCAUUCAAAUCACCCCAUUGUCUCGACCCAAAUACAAUUCUUCAGCUUUUCACUGCAUGUUUUCGUUCAAUUCUUGAAUCUCCAGAUUUGCAACAACAUAUCCAAAUCGUUAAGGAACGCUUGUACCAUCGUGACUACCUCGCUGCAUUUGAUAACGACGACAAGAGAUUUGCUUAUGCUUCUCGAUGGUCUCCCGCUCGAGCUUUGGCAUAUGCUUCUUUAUUUUCUGCAAUGGAUCCAGUCCGAGACUUGUUUUCAGACCCAGAAAACACCUGUCGUGUACUUUGCGUGGGAGGAGGAGCACUGUCUGAACUCGUUGCAUUAGCAGCAUUAUUUGCUCGAUCAAAGGAACAUUAUUCAACUUCACCUUCUAAUCUCGAUAUGACAAUAGUGGACAUUGCAGACUGGAAUACCGUUGUUUCUAAUCUUUCCGCACACAUCAGGUCCAAGUGGGUAUAUAAACCUGAAAGUUUUAAUGCCAGCUUCUUGCACAAAGAUAUACUCAGUUUGGAACUUGACUACUCAUCAAUGGACCUUGUCACCCUCUUGUUCACCACGAACGAGCUUUUCUGUGAAAAACGCUCGGAAACAGUCAAGUUUCUCCAGCGCUUAAACUCUCAAUGUCAUAGUGGUUCAUUGCUUCUUAUCGCUGAAAGUGCUGGCUCAUAUUCGCAUAUAACUAUAGGAAGCAAAAAAUUUCCGGUUCAGUUUCUUGUGGACACUAUCCUUGUGGGAAGACCAGAUGCCAAUGAUGGAGCAUGGGAAAUAAUACAGCUGAGUGAGAGUUGCUGGUACAGAGUGGACACUCGAGAAGUUACUUAUGAUAUGAAAUUGGAAAAUAUGCGGUUCUUCUAUAGAUUGUAUAGAAAAAGGUGA